AUGUCAAGUAAAGAUAAGAAUAAGCCUAGCCCCAAGAAUGACCCCAACAAUGAACCUCAAUGCUGUGAUCCCAGGUGUGAACAAAAGUGUGAGUCCAAAUGCCAGCCCAGCUGUUUAAAGAAGCUGCUACAACGCUGCACUGACAAGUGUCCAUGGGAAAAGUGUCCACCACCACCAAAAUGCCCCCCAUGCCCUCCACCAUGCCCACCACCAAAAUGCCCCCCAUGCCCUCCACCUCCACUGUGCUCCCCACCAUGCCCCCCAUGCCCUCCACCAUGCCCUCCGGAGUGCCCACCUCCCUGUCCACCUCCAGAGUGA